GUCAUACUCUAAAAUAAAGUUGACAACAUUGGCGUGGUUUGACAUUUCAUAUAAUAUAACCUCACAUUUUAAAUUUCUUCAUUUAUUAUAAAUUAAACAUUUAUAAAAGAAAUAAUAAAAAUACCAUAACAAAAUUAAGAAUUGUCAAAAAUGUUGACCAGAACAUUUCGUGUUACGCUUGGCCUCUUGCGACCUGAAAGCCCGCAUUUAAAUUGUAUAGCUGGCAUAAAAUAUUUCCCUCCGCCAAAGAACUAUGACGACAUUGAAAUACCUGAACGACAAAGGCUGCGUGUGUAUGAUAAAGUGCCAGUUUAUCCUCCAAACUUGAAACCACCGAAGAUGCAGAAAAGGCUAAGGUACAUGAGAGGACCAGAGCCUGUGCACACAACAUUACAACUUAAACAAUAUGGUGUUGUUGCAUUGAGUGGUGGCAGAAUGGCCAUUCCGCAUUUUGAAAUGGCCCGUUUGGUUGUUGCAAGGAAAUUAGACAUGAAAAGAAUGUUCGCCAUAUGGAGGGUGGACCCGCCCUGGCAACCUAUCACCAAGAAGGGACAAGGUCAACGUAUGGGCGGAGGAAAAGGUGCAAUUGAUCAUUAUGUUACCCCGAUCAAGGCUGGCAGGAUUAUUUUAGAAGUUGGAGGAAAAUGUGAAUAUGCAGAGGUGUAUCAAAUGUUAAAAAUAGUAGCCGAGAGAUUACCGUUUAAAGCGGAAGCAGUUUCAUACGAAAUUAUGCAAGAGAAGGCAGCCAAAGAAAAAUGGGAGGAAGAGAAUAAUCAAAAUCCUUAUACAAUGAAAUAUCUCAUCCAGAAUAAUAUGGGAGGGUGUCACAAAGAAUUAUCGCCUUACGACCAUCGCUGGUAUGGUAAAUAUAUAUAAUGUAGACAUAUUUUUAGAGUAGUACAAUAAAUGGAGUUUAAGUUA